AAAUACAUUUUCCCUCUCUUUUUUUUUAUUUUGUCUUUUCUUUUGAUAGCCACUAUGGACAUGAAAAACAUGAAACGUAAACGAAGCGAUUCUGCAUUCAAAAAGACUACAUUAAGUCAACCUACUGCUAAACAAGAAACUGAAUAUCCACCUGGACCUAUUCAUAUCAAUCCAUCUUGGAAUCCUACUAGCAGGACAGAAAAGCCACCCUAUUCUUAUGCGACUAUUAUUGCGCAUGCUAUCCUGUCAAGCAAAGAAAGAAAAUUAACCUUGCAUGAUAUUUACAUCUGGAUAACAGAAAACUAUCCGUUUUAUUCCAAUGAUACUCAGGGCUGGCAGAACUCUAUAAGACACAACUUAUCUUUACACAAAGCUUUUGUAAAGAUUGACCGUGAUCCUAAUGCACAAAACCCUCCUCGGAAAGGCUGCUUCUGGACUAUCCGAAAGGGAAAAGAAAAGUCCUUUAUCGACAACUUACAAAAACCCCUCAACUCUCUUAAGAAACAACACUCUAUGUCACAUUUCCUCCAUACUAAAAGACAGUCUAUUCAACUCUCCUCUCGUCGUUCCUCUAUGGCUAAAGAACCUGUUGUUACUCCAACCACAGAAACCUUUGGUACAACAUCUUUUUGUAUCUCGGAAUCUGAGCCCAUUGUUGUAUCAUCUUCAUCAUCAUCAUUAUCAUCAUCAGAUCAUUCCCCUGUCAUGACUGGCUCACCCACUUACAACCAAUUACUGUGUAAUGUACCUGAAUCCACAAUGUCAUACAAUGUUUAUCCAGACAACACAGAGUUAUUUGGUGAUUUCUAUCAGCAUACUCCUAUGUAUGCUUGUGAUAAUUAUCCUCCUUCACUUUCUCCCUGUGAUGCUUACUCGACUACUUCUUCAUUUACUGAUAAUUUGAUGGUUAACAUGAACUAUGGAGAACCUCAUUACGACCAACUCAAUCAUCGUCCUUUAUACAGCGAUGUCAUGGCAGAUUACUCGGAUUAUCCAAUGAUGACGAUGUUGAAACAUAAUGAAUACAUGGACAGUAAUACCGACUCACCAGUAUCACAAUAUUACCUUCAACAUCCCAAUACUUCAAGUUUCUUCCACUGUUAACAUACUGUAUAUACAUACUCUUUUUUUUUGUAAUUUUGUGUAUUUGCAACCUUAUAAUUUAUUUUCACAACGAGCAUUAUCAUAUACACUCUUUAUUUUUAUUCUCUGUUGUCUAUUCUCUAUUUGCACAACAAUACCACUUUUUUUUUCUGUGCAUUUCAUUAUGAUUUAUACCAACUUGUGCAUUCUAUGAACAUAAUAAUAAUAAAAAAAAGGAACUGCUAUGAACCCUAUAUUCAACAGAUUUUUUUUUUUGUUUACAUAAAACAACUUGAUGUCUCUCUC